AUGCCUCUGCCAAAUUUGGCUUCUUUCCUUCUCCUCACCACCUUGUCCCAUGAAGGUACAAAGACCCUCCAAGCAGAGCAGAAACCCCUCACACUGCUGUGUAUUGGCUGCUCUCUCAUUGCACCUAGUGUUCUUUUGCUGUUCAAAAGUGUCUGGAAAGCAUGUUACAAAUCUUCAAAGCUGCCGAGAAAAGCAUCUGCAGCCCUGGUUUUGUUCUUCGAGUUUAUAGUUUCUGUGGGGUUGGCAGUGCUGACCAUUGUUGCAAUGCCACACUUGGACAUUGUGACCAAUGUGACGAUCCUGAGUGGUGUAGCUGUCCUCUCUGCCCUCCUGCAAGCGGUCGCUCAGUGCACUGUCAAAAAGAUAAAUGUAUUCCUGCUGCCUUCUAUCAUCGCCUCUCUUGUUAUAUUUCUUGGCUAUGGUCUUUUCAUUGCCCUGUACAUUAUGAAAGACCCUAAAGAUGCAAAGACAGCGAUUUGGGUGGGUCUUGCCAUUGGUGGGUCCAUUUUGGUGUCUUUUAACUGGUGGGAAAACUACUUUGGGGACAUCUCUGUGAAAAGCAAGUCAAACUUCCUCAAAUAUCUGUUUGAAGACUUGACCAAGUGUCAGAACAUGCUACACAUCUUCUCCAGUUUACUCAGGAUUGUGGUAACCGCCUGUGUGCUUGGUGCCUAUGUCCCUCUGGCUAAAAUGGACUGGGACGUUGUGACCUCCAUUCCAAGCCGGGAAACAAGAAUUGUAGCAAUCAUCAUUGGGGUCCAGCUGAUCUCCUCGGCACUCUGCCAUUGGUUUGCAUUGGCAGCCUGCAAGAUGCAUGCUAUACGACGAUGCUUCAUACUCCCUUUGUACCUGUCUUCCCUGGCUGUGAUAGCAUUGUUCAUUGUUCCUGUUAUCAUUUACUACCAAGACUACAAAUUAGGCCUGAACACAACUGAAAACAUCAACUUUACAAGAUACUGUACAGCAGCUGUAAAUGAAACAAAUCAAAGCCCGAGUGGUAAUGUGUUUCCCCAGCUGGUUUUGGAUGUUACACAAACUCUGUGCUCCCUGGAUCUGGCCAAAACAGCAAAUAUCGGAUUACUGACAGGUGCAGCAGCAUCGUGGUGGAUUGGCCUUGUGUUGGCCACUGUCCAUAUAUGGUAUCUUAACAUCUAUCGUAUCCAAAAGACACAAGACUUGUUUGUUCGGAGGCUCUAUGAGGGAGCCUUUAUUGAGCAAUCCCUACUCCUCAACACCCGUUUCCACAUCCAGACCAAAAAAGGCAGGAAGAAACAUUGUAGGGAAGACGCCACAACUGCAAUGGUGUAUCUCUGUGCAACAAUGUGGCAUGAGACCUAUGAGGAAAUGAUGAAUAUCAUGAUCUCAGUUUUCAGACUGGACAAGUACAGACCAAAUGUGGAACCAAAGUUUGAAGAUUUUGCCUUUGAAGCCCAUCUCUACUUUGAUGAUGCCUUUGAAAACGUCAAAGGAAGUCAGGGUCGUCAUCUAAACCCAUAUGCAAAGGACCUUGUGAAAAUUAUCACAGAGGUUUAUGGCAUCUUUGAGAACCUUGAUAAAACUUUCUUUGAGGUACAGCAACAAAUUCCUGAUCAGUCAAUCAUUGAGACACCAUAUGGAGCUCGUCUUGUUGUUCAAAUGCCUCAUGGGAAUAAGAUUGUAGCUCACUUCAAAGACAAAGAGAAAAUUCGGAACAAGAAGAGAUGGUCUCAGAUUAUGUAUCUUUACUAUCUUCUGGGUUGGAAACUUAUGAAUAAAUAUAACAAACGCUGGAAGAUGGGAUGUCUUGAAAAUGAUCUAAGUAAAGAGAUUCAGUGGUAUACCAAAGACUAUAUAGUUGCAUUUUCAUUCCAGAGAGAGAAGCACAACACCUACCUCUUGGCUUUAGAUGGGGACACAGACUUUCAGCCUGCUGCCGUGAUGCUGCUCAUUGAUCGUCUGAAAAUGUAUCCCCGUGUCGGCGCAGCAUGUGGAAGAAUUCACCCCACUGGAUCAGGUCCUGCUGUUUGGUUCCAGAAGUUUGAGUACGCUGUCAGUCACUGGUUGCAGAAGACAGCUGAGCAUGUCUUCGGCUCUGUACUGUGCAGCCCUGGCUGCUUCAGUCUGUUCAGAGCAGAGGCUUUAAUGGAUGAUAACGUGAUGAAGACAUAUUCUACCCAAUCCACAGAGCCCAGUCACUACAUCCAGUAUGACCAAGGAGAAGACCGCUGGCUGUGCACUCUACUACUGAAACAAGGGUGGAGAGUGGAAUACAAUGCAGCAUCUGAUGCCUACACCAACGCACCACAGGAAUUUAAAGAAUUGUAUAACCAGCGAAAACGAUGGGGGCCUUCCACGAUGGCAAAUGUUGCGGAUCUGCUCGGCUCCACCAACAUUGUUUCCAAGAAGAAUCCAUCUAUGUCCAAACCAUUCAUGCUAUACCAGCUGUUUGCCAUGAUCUCAGCCAUCCUUGGUCCAGCCACCAUCUGUCUCAUGGUAGCAGGUAGCCUGUCGUUCCUUUUGAACAUACCUGCUGCUGCUGCUCUGGUCAUAUCUGUGAUACCUCCUGCCAUCUACUUGGGUCUUUGCUUCAAGCUCAAGGCAGACACUCAGAUCACUAUUGCAGCAGUGUUGAGUGUCUUGUAUGCAUUCCUAAUGAUGGUGGUGGCAAUGUUCAUUAUUACCUCAAUGGUGAAGGAGAAAACCAUUCUGACUCCCAGCAGCAUUUUCAUUGUGUCCAUGUCCAUCAUUUACAUCGUCACUGCACUCAUGCACCCCCAGGAACUUCCUUUAGUGUUCUAUGGCAUUCUUUACAUUGUCUGCAUUCCCAGUGCCUACCUCCUGCUCACCAUCUACUCUAUGGCCAAUAUGAACAGUGUCUCUUGGGGAACCAGAGAAACAAAGCCUGCUGCAGAGGCUGCAACAACUGCAGCCACUGUCCAACAAACUAAAUCACAAAAAGCAAAAACCACCUUAAAGCGGCUCUGCUCGUGGAUGAAAUGUUGUAAAACAUCCAACCAGAGAUCAGAAGUUGAACAGCUCAGCAUAAGACAGGAGAACUUAAAUCCAGAGCCUACACAGCCUGAACCUCAACCCCAGAACACUAUUGUGGAUGAAGCCUCUGACAACGAACAAGAGUAG